AUGAGGGUUUACACCGGCGGCGGUACAAGUUGGGGUAGGGCGUUACUCUCAUCUCGCAAACCCCCGCCUCUUCCUCCUCCGUUUUCAUCUAUACCCCUGCUUGUGGCGGCGGCGAUCGGAACCAACAUAUUUUCGCCGAUUAGGAUUCGUGGUUGGCUUCUUCGGCCUUCGAUUCGUCCACUAACCCGACACGCUUAUAUUGCUUCGUCUUAUUCCAUUUCAAUUCACAAUUCUUGUCCGAAGAAGACUGCCACUGUUUCUGUAAUGGGCUCGCAGCAGCAGGCGAAGAAGCUGAUAUGGCCGGCCAACAAGGUCAGGGACACUUUUAUCAAAUUCUUCGAAGACAAAGGCCACGUUCACUGGAAAUCCAGCCCUGUUGUUCCCGUCAAUGACCCUACCCUCCUCUUUGCCAACGCCGGUAUGAAUCAAUAUAAGCCUAUAUUCUUGGGCACUGUUGAUCCAAACACCCCCUUGAGCAAACUCACUCGUGCUUGCAACACCCAGAAGUGCAUCCGAGCUGGUGGCAAACACAAUGAUCUGGACGAUGUCGGCAAAGACACUUACCACCAUACUUUCUUCGAGAUGCUUGGUAAUUGGUCAUUUGGGGAUUACUUCAAAACAGAAGCCAUUGAAUGGGCUUGGGAGCUCCUCACCAAGGCAAGUCACCGCACCUUGUAA